UGGGGAGGGAAUGGUGUCGCCUAGCAGCCACCGCCGCUAGUGCUGGCUCGAGACGUGUUUGGCGGGAUCCGGUGUCCGGGUGGAACCGCGCUGGGGAGCGGUCAGGCGUGGUCCAGGGCUCGGCUUGGUGGGUGCGGUAGAUGAGUUAGUGGCUUUGGCUGCCAGGCAUGGUCUAGAAGGUAAAACACAGUGAAAGAAUUCAAGAUGCCACCUAAUAUAAACUGGAAAGAAAUAAUGAAAGUUGAUCCAGAUGACCUGCCUCGUCAAGAAGAAUUGGCAGAUAAUUUAUUGAUUUCCCUAUCCAAGGUGGAAGUAAAUCAACUAAAAAGUGAAAGUCAAGAAAAUGUGAUACACCUUUUCAGAGUUACUCAGUCACUUAUGAAGAUGAAAGCUCAAGAAGUAGAGCUAGCCUUGGAAGAAGUUGAAAAAGCUGGAGAAGAACAGGCAAAAUUUGAAAAUCAAUUAAAAACAAAAGUAAUGAAACUGGAAAAUGAACUGGAGAUGGCUCAGCAUUCUGCAGGUGGACGUGAUACUCGGUUUUUACGUGAUGAAAUCCGCCAACUUGAAAAGCAACUGGAACAAAAAGAUAAAGAGUUAGAGGAUAUGGAAAAGGAGCUGGAGAAAGAGAAAAAAGUUAAUGAACAAUUGGCUCUUCGAAAUGAGGAGGCAGAAAAUGAAAACAGCAAAUUAAGGAGAGAGAAUGAACAGCUUCGCCAGGAUAUUAUUGACUACCAGAAACAAGUAGACUCACAAAAAGAAACACUUCUAUCAAGAAGAGGAGAAGAUAGUGACUACCGAUCACAACUAUCUAAAAAAAACUAUGAACUUGUCCAAUAUUUGGAUGAAAUUCAGACUUUAACAGAAGCUAAUGAGAAAAUUGAAGUUCAGAAUCAGGAAAUGAGAAAAAACCUAGAAGAGUCAGUACAAGAAAUGGAGAAGAUGACUGAUGAGUACAACAGGAUGAAAGCUAUUGUACAUCAGACAGAUAAUGUAAUGGACCAGUUAAAAAAAGAGAAUGAUCAUUAUCGUCUUCAAGUGCAGGAGCUUACAGAUUUUCUGAAAGCAAAAAAUGAAGAAGAUGAUCCUGUCAUGGUAGCUGUCAACGCAAAAGUAGAAGAAUGGAAGUUAAUUUUAUCUUCAAAAGAUGAUGAAAUCAUUGAAUAUCAGCAAAUGUUGUAUAACCUGAGGGAGAAACUAAAAAAUGCCCAGCUUGAUGCUGAUAAAUGUAAUGUCAUGGCUCUACAACAGGGUAUACAAGAACGAGAUAAUCAAAUUAAGAUGCUCACUGAACAAGUAGAACAAUAUACAAAAGAAAUGGAAAAAAAUACUUUAAUUAUUGAAGAUUUGAAAAAUGAGCUUCAAAGAAACAGAGGUGCUUCAACACUUUCUCAAGAGACUCAUUAUAUGAAAAUUCAGUCUCAGGUUCAAAUUUUAGAGGAGAGAACUAAAGAGGCUGAGAAAAUGGCUGAACUAGCUGAGGCUGAUGCCAGGGAAAAGGAUAAAGAACUUGUUGAGACUCUGAAGCGAUUAAAAGAUUAUGAAUCGGGAGUAUAUGGUUUAGAAGAUGCGGUUAUUGAAAUAAAGAAAUGUAAAAACCAAAUUAAAAUAAGAGAUCGAGAGAUUGAAGUAUUGACAAAGGAAAUCAAUAAACUUGAGUUGAAAAUCAAUGAUUUCCUUGAUGAAAAUGAAGCACUUAGAGAGCGUAUGGGUCUUCAACCAAAGACAAUGAUUGAUUUAACUGAAUUUAGAACUAACAAAAGCUUAAAACAGCAGCAGUACAGAGCCGAAAACCAGAUUCUUUUAAAAGAGAUUGAAAGUCUAGAGGAAGAACGACUUGAUCUGAAAAAAAAAAUUCGCCAAAUGGCUCAAGAAAGAGGAAAAAAGACUGCAAAUUCAGGAUUAAAUGUUGAGAAUGUGAGCCCAACUGAAAAUUAUUCUCAAGAGAAUAGACUAGGAGAAAGAAAAUUUGAUUUUAUGAACCUCAAAAAUAUGAGUGAAACACAAUCAAAGAUUAGAAGUUCAGAUAAAAUAGAACUGCUGCAUAGGAGACCAUUCAGUAUUCUACAGUCAUAUCAGAAUGAACCACAGGAGAAUAUGACCACAGGACCAUUAUCAAGAAUACUAUCUGAAAUUCAUCACAGUGUAGAAAGUGAAGUGAAUCCUGUUGCUUCUUUAAGUAGACAUUCUUCAUCUAUACAAGUAAAAGAUAACUAUUCACUUCCAGGAUCUAUUACGAUAAGGGAGAUUUUUAAAGCACCCUGUCUACAAUCUUUAAAAAAUCUGGAAUCAUUAGUUAAUACCUUUAGUAGGGAGAGUCAUGAAGACAUAAAUGAUUACUUAUACUCUUUUUCUGAUGACUCUAUGAAGAAAGAGUCAAGAAGCCAUCAGGCGCUUGAGAAGACUAGUUUUACACAAAAAAGUCAGUCAACUGAGCAAGGCUUAUCAGCAGCAUCAGACUUACUGCAGAAGUUAUCACUUAGGCAAAAAUGUGCAGUAUUUUCUCAACAAAUUCAUGUUAAUAGAACUGACAUGGAUAAAUCACAAGUAGCAACAUCAGAAGAUGAAAAGACUCAUAACCGAGCAAAAUAUGCUGAUUCCAAUUUGAAAGAAGAUAUCAAAAGAAGUGAAGUACCCUUACAGGCAGAGAUCUUGAAAAGUAAAUUUGAAGUUAAUCUUUUGGACCCUGUGCCUAUUAUUGCACAAUCAAAAUUAUCUCAGAUAGAUCCACUUGAAAAUCUUAUAGAACAGCUACGGAGAGAACUAGUAUUUCUUAGAUCUCAGAAUGAAGUGAUAGCACAGGAUUUAUUGAUUAAAGAAGCACAGAGUAGAAAUGCAGAAAGAGAGCUUGAACGUCAUAGACGCCAGGCAGAACAGAAUGAAUUUCUUUCAAAAGAACUCACUGAAAAGGAAAGAGAUUUAGAAAGAAGUAAAACAGUAAUAGUCAAAUUUCAGAAUAAAUUAAAAGAAUUAGUUGAAGAAAAUAAGCAACUUGAAGAAGGUAUGAAAGAAAUAUUGCAAGCUAUUAAGGAAAUGCAGAAAGAGCCUGAUGUUACAGGAGGAGAAACAUCUCUAAUUAUCCCUAGUCUUGAAAGACUAGUUAAUGCUAUAGAAUCAAAAAAUGCAGAAGGAAUCUUUGAUGCCAAUCUUCAUUUGAAAGCUCAAGUUGAUCAACUUACUGGGAGGAAUGAAGAAUUAAGACAGGAGCUCAGGGAAUCUCGGAAGGAGGCUAUAAAUUAUUCUCAGCAGUUGGCAAAAGCAAAUUUAAAGAUAGAUCACCUUGAAAAAGAGACCAAUCUCUUACGACAAUCCAAAGAAUCAAAUGUUGUUUUUAAGGGAGUAGACCUACCUGAUGGGAUAGCACCAUCUAGUGCCGAUAUCAUUAAUGCUCAAAAUGAAUAUUUGAUACGUCUCUUACAGGAGCUAGAACAUAAAGAAAAGAAUUUAAAGAAUUUAGAAGAUUCUCUUGAAGAUUAUAAUAGAAAAUUUGCGGUAAUUCGUCAUCAGCAAAGCUUAUUAUAUAAAGAAUAUCUAAGUGAAAAGGAGACCUGGAAAACAGACUCUGAAACUAUGAAAGUGGAAAAGAAAAAACUUGAGGAUCAAAUCCAACAAGAUGCUAUAAAAGUAAAAGAAUAUAAUAAUUUGCUCAAUGCUCUUCAAAUGGAUACAGAUGAAAUGAAAAAAGCACUUUCAGAAAACAGUAGAAAAAUCACAGUCUUGCAAGUGAAUGAAAAGUCACUCAUACGGCAAUAUACUACUUUAGUAGAAAUGGAACGGCAACUUAGAAAAGAAAAUGGGAAACAGAAGAAUGAGUUAAUGUCCAUGGAAGCUGAAGUUUGUGAAAAAAUUGGACAUUUGCAACGAUUUAAGGAAAUGGCUGUCUUCAAGAUUGCAGCUCUCCAAAAAGUUAUAGAUAAUAGUGUCUCUCUGUCUGAACUAGAAUUGGCCAAUAAACAAUACAAUGAUCUCACUGCUAAGUACCGGGACCUUUUACAAAAAGAUAAUAUGCUUGUUCAAAGAACAAGUAACUUGGAACACCUAGAGUGUGAAAAUGCAUCCCUAAAAGAACAAAUGGAAUCUAUAAAUAAAGAACUAGAGAUUACCAAGGAAAAACUUCACACUAUUGAACAAGCUUGGGAACAAGAAACUAAAUUAGGAAAUGAAUCUAACAUGGAUAAGGCAAAAAAGUCAAUAACCAACAGUGAGAUUGUUUCUAUUUCAAAAAAAAUCACUAUGCUGGAGAUGAAGGAAUUAAACGAAAGGCAGCGGGCUGCACAUUCUCAAAAAAUGUAUGAACACAUAAGGACUUCAUUACAGCAAAUGGAAGAACGUAAUUUUGAAUUGGAAACCAAAUUUGCUGAGCUUACGAAAAUCAAUUUGGAAGCACAGAAGGUGGAACAGAUGUUAAGAGAUGAAUUAGCUGAUAGCGUGAGCAAGACAGUAAGUGAUGCUGACAGGCAACGGAUUCUAGAAUUAGAAAAGAACGAAAUGGAGCUAAAAGUUGAAGUGUCAAAACUGAGGGAGAUUUCUGAUAUUGCCAAAAGACAAGUUGAAAUUUUGAAUGCACAGCAGCAGUCCAGGGAAAAGGAAGUAGAGUCCAUCAGAAUGCAGCUCUUAGACUAUCAGGCACAGUCAGAUGAAAAGGCACUAAUUGCCAAGUUGCACCAACACAUUGUCUCUCUUCAAGUUAGUGAGGCUACUACACUCUGUAAAUUGGAGUCGACUGCAUCUAAACUGCAGAAGGUGGAGACCUGUAAUUUACGCUUAGAGCAGAAACUUGAUGAAAAAGAACAGGCUCUCUAUUUUUCACGUUUGGAGGGGAGAAACAGAGCAAAACAUCUUCGCCAAACAAUUCAGUCUCUACGACGACAGUUUAGUGGAGCUUUACCCUUGGCACAACAGGAAAAAUUCUCUAAAACAAUGAUUCAGUUGCAAAAUGACAAACUUCAGAUAAUGCAAGAAAUGAAAAAUUCUCAACAAGAACACCGAAAUAUGGAGAACAAAACAUUGGAGAUGGAAUUAAAAUUAAAGGGACUAGAAGAAUUAAUAAGCACUCUAAAGGAUGCCAGGGGUGCCCAGAAGGUAAUCAAUUGGCAUAUGAAAAUAGAAGAACUUCGUCUUCAAGAACUUAAACUAAAUCGAGAAUUAGUCAAGGAUAAAGAAGAAAUAAAAUAUUUGAAUAAUAUAAUUUCUGAAUAUGAGCAUACAAUCAGCAGUCUGGAGGAAGAAAUUGUACAGCAAAACAAGUUUCAUGAAGAAAGACAAAUGGCAUGGGACCAAAGAGAAGUUGAGCUGGAACGUCAACUAGAUAUUUUUGACCGUCAGCAAAGUGAAAUACUGAAUGCAGCACAAAAGUUUGAAGAGGUUACAGGAUCAAUGCCAGACCCUAGUUUGCCUCUUCCAAAUCAACUUGAGAUUGCUCUAAGAAAAAUUAAGGAGAAUGUUCGAAUAAUCCUAGAAACACGGGCAACUUGCAAAUCACUAGAAGAGAAGUUAAAAGAAAAAGAAUCUGCUUUACGGUCAGCAGAGCAAAAUAUUCUGUCAAGAGACAAGGUAAUCAAUGAGCUGAGACUUCGAUUACCUGCCACUGCAGAACGAGAAAAGCUUAUUGCUGAGCUAGGCAGAAAAGAAGUAGAACCAAAAUCUCAUCACACAUUGAAAAUUGCUCAUCAGACCAUUGCCAACAUGCAAGCAAGGUUAAAUCAAAAAGAAGAAGUUUUAAAGAAGUAUCAACAUCUUCUUGAAAAAGCCAGAGAGGAGCAAAGAGAAAUUGUUAAGAAACAUGAGGAAGACCUUCAUAUUCUUCAUCAUAAGUUAGAACUACAGGCUGAUAGCUCACUCAAUAAAUUUAAACAGACCGCUUGGGAUUUAAUAAAGCAGUCUCCUGCUCCAGUUGUUACCAAUAAGCAUUUUAUUCGUCUGGCUGAGAUGGAACAGACAGUGGCAGAACAAGAUGACUCUCUCUCUUCACUUUUGAUGAAACUAAAAAAAGUAUCACAAGAGUUAGAGCGACAAAAAGAAAUCACUGAAUUAAAAAUCAAAGAAUUUGAAAAUGUCAAAUUACGGCUCCAAGAAAACCAUGCAGAUGAAGUAAAAAAAGUGAAAACAGAAGUAGAGGACCUAAGGUCCCUUCUGGCCCAGUCACAAAAGGAGUCACGGAGUUUAAAAUCUGAACUUCAGGCUCAAAAAGAAGCAAAUUCAAGAGCUCCAACAACUACAAUGAGAAAUCUAGUAGAAAGACUUAAGAGCCAGCUAGCCUUGAAAGAGAAACAACAAAAAGCACUUAGUCGCGCACUUUUGGAACUUCGGGCAGAGAUGACAGCAGCAGCUGAAGAACGUAUUAUUUCUGCAACUUCUCAGAAAGAGGCAAAUCUCAAUGUUCAACAAAUUGUUGAUCGGCAUACGAAAGAGCUAAAGUCACAAAUUGAAGAUUUAAGUGAAAAUCUUUCAAAAUUGAAAGAAGCUCUUAAAACAAGUAAAAGCAAAGAGAACUCACUAACUGAUAAUUUGAAUGACAUUACCAAUGAACUACAAAAAAAACAAAAAGCCUAUAAUAAAAUUCUUAAAGAGAAAGACGAAAUUGAUCAAGAGAAUGAUGAACUGAAAAGGCAAAUUAAAAGACUAACCAGUGGAUUACAGAGCAAGCCUAUCAUAGAUAAUAAACAAAGCCUAAUUGAAGAACUGCAAAAGAAAAUUAAAAAACUGGAAAGUCAGUUGGAAAGAAAGAUGAAUGAGGUAGAAAUAAAGCCUAUAAAAGAAAAGAGUGCUAAAGAAGAAUUAAUUAGGUGGGAAGAAGGUAAAAAGUGGCAAACCAAAAUAGAGGGAAUACGAAACAAAUUGAAAGAGAAAGAGGGAGAAGUCUACAUUCUAACAAAGCAGUUGAGUACUUUGAAGGAUCUUUUUGCCAAAGCUGACAAGGAAAAACUUACUUUGCAGAAGAAACUAAAAACAACUGGUGUAACUGUUGAUCAAGUUAUGGGGGUACGUGCUUUGGAGUCAGAAAAAGAGUUGGAAGAAUUAAAGAAGAGAAAUCUUGACUUAGAAAAUGACCUAUCGUAUAUGAGGACCCACCAAGCCCUUUCUCGAGAUUCUGUUAUAGAAGAUUUACGUUUACAAAACAGAUACCUCCAAGAAAAACUUCAUACUUUAGAAAAACAGUUUUCAAAGGACACGUUUUCUAGGCCUUCAGUAAGUACUUCAGAAAUAGAGUCAGAUGAUCGUAGCCAAAGAGAACAGGAACUUCAAAGGGAAAAUUUGAAGUUGUCAUCUGAAAAUAUUGAACUAAAAUUUCAGCUUGAACAAGCAAAUAAGGACUUGCCAAGAUUAAAGAAUCAAGUAAGAGAUCUGAAGGAAAUGUGUGAAUUUCUUAAGAAAGAAAAAGGAGAAGUUGAGCGGAAACUGGGCCGUGUGAGAGGGUCUGGUAGAAGUGGAAAGACAAUCCCAGAACUAGAAAAAACCAUUGGUUUAAUGAAAAAAGUAGUUGAAAAAGUCCAGAGGGAAAACGAACAGUUGAAGAAAGCAUCAGGAAUAUUGACCAGCGAAAAAAUGGCUAAUACUGAGCUAGAAAAUGAAAAGUUGAAGGCUGAAUUAGAAAAACUUAAAGUUCAUCUUGGACGUCAGUUGAGCAUGCACUAUGAAUCCAAGAACAAAGGCACAGAGAAAAUUGUUGCUGAAAAUGAUAGACUUCGAAAAGAACUUAAAAAGGAAACUGAAGCUGCAGAAAAAUUGCGAAUAGCUAAGAAUAAUUUAGAGAUUUUAAAUGAGAAGAUGACAGUUCAGCUAGAAGAAACUGGUAAGAGAUUACAACUUGCAGAAAGCAGAGGUCCACAGCUUGAAGGUGCUGACAGUAAGAGCUGGAAAUCAAUUGUUGUCACAAGAAUGUAUGAAACCAAAUUGAAAGAAUUGGAAACUGAUAUUGCCAAAAAAACCCAAAGCCUUGCUGAUCUUAAACAAUUUGUGAAAGAAGCAACAGAGCGGGAACAAAAAGUUAAAAAAUACACCGAAGACCUUGAGCAACAGAUUGAGAUUCUCAAACAUGUUCCUGAAGGUGCUGAGACAGAGCAAGGCCUCCACCGGGAGCUUAAAGUUCUUAGAUUGGCUAAUAGUCAGCUGGCAAAAGAAAAGGCAGAAUUAAUUCAUCAGUUAGAAGUUAACAAAAACCAAAGUGGAGCUGAUGGCACCAUACCUGAUACUGAUCAACUGAAAGAAAAGGUAAAAGAUCUAGAAACACAGCUCAAAACCUCAGCUCUAGAAAAGCAGCAUUUGAAGGAGGAAAUAAAGAAGCUGAAGAAAGAACUGGAAAAUUUUGAUCCUUCAUUUUUUGAAGAAAUUGAAGACCUGAAGUAUAAUUACAAAGAAGAAGUGAAAAAAAAUAUUCUCUUAGAAGAGAAGUUAAAAAAACUUUCAGAACAAUUUGGGGUUGAAUUAACUAGUCCUACUGCUAUUUCUGAACAGUUUGAAGAUGAAGAGGAAAGUCCUGUUAAUUUCCCCAUUUAUUAAAGGCCACCUACAACUACAGUUUUACUAUUAACUUUGUAAGUUAAAAGUCCAUCUGUAAAUCAAGCACGUUUCUGACCUACAUUCUUGUACUCUUAUAAUUGGAAUUUGUAGUAAAUAAAAUUGUAUAAAAAUUACCAUAUUAAAAAAGUAUAUAUUUUUAAGACUUUUAGAGUUAUGACUAUCAAAUACUAUUGAGCUGUGGUGAAUUUCUGUACAUUCAUGUUUUGAAUUUUUAAAGAUGUAAAUUUUAAUAAUUUUAACAUUUAAAAUUGGGGUUAUAUGUAAUGAUUUGAGAUAGUACAGUCAUAAAUAUAUAUGUAAUAUAUACAUUAUGAGGUUAAGCCAUAUGUUUUGUUAACAAGAUUCAGUUUAAAACAUUUAAUUUUGAAAGUGAAUGAUCCAAAAUUGUUGGUUGAAUUGUUUAAAUUACAACCCAGUUAUACUGGACAAAAUCCAACCUUUAUACAAGCUGGGGAGCUUACUAUUAUGUACAUUUUUAAGUCCAGGAGUUAAAAAUCAUUUGCAGAUUUUAAAUAAAACUUGGAAGAGAUAUUUGCAAUGGGGAAAUUCAUUUCUUCAAAUGCUAGAAGAUAUAUUCAUCAGAAUCUGAACAGUAAAUAGGCAUAUUUUUACCUUUAAACACAGCAUGUUCAAGAUUCAGGUAUAAUACAUCUGGUUUGUACUGCAUUUCUAGUUUAUACUUCAAGUAUUAUAUCUUUGAGCCUACCAAAUUUCUGAUUAUCUAUUUUUGAAAAAUGACUAAACAAACAUUUCGUAU